AUAGCAGACACCGAAGACCCCCAUUUUUAACCAGAUCAUUAUUCAUGCGUAAUUGUUCUCUCCCCUCCCUUAUUCCGCGCAUCAGUAUUGUCAGUUCUGCACCUUAUGGAUGUGGAAAGUCAACACCUUACACGCGCAUUAUGGUCAACCCUUAUUUAAACACGAGCACUCAAACAAGUUCCCAUUAGUCUGCCAGUGAUAACAAUCAACAUACCAUCGGCUGAUAAUUGAUGCUGUUAGUAUCACUAACUACUAACAGUAAUAGUUAGCCCUUUUUUUUCAAUAUAUAUAUAUAUAUUUUAACCAUCAAACAUGGACACCAAAGUAAAGAGGAGUACAAUGACAGAGUUCUGGAAGGAGCACAGCCGGCAGGCCACGGUUGAGGAAAUGAUGUUGGACUCUCAUGCCCAGGAGCUGACCCAACAUGAACUGCCUGAGAUCCUCUCCCUGCUGCCCAGCCUUUCCGGCCAGAGGGUCCUGGAGCUGGGCGCCGGGAUCGGUAGAUACACCAGCCACCUGUUGACCAAGGCCAGUCACGUGACCGCGGUCGACUUUAUGGAGAGCUUCGUGGAGAAGAACAGACAGGACAACAGUCACCAUGGCAACGCCUCCUUCCUCCAGGCAGACGUCACCAAGCUAGACUUCCCCAAAAACAGUUUUGACAUCAUCUUCUCCAACUGGCUGCUGAUGUAUCUGAGUGACGAGGAGCUGAGGUCACUAACAGAGAGGAUGCUGGGAUGGCUCCGCCCCGGGGGAUACCUGUUUUUCAGGGAGUCCUGCAACCACCAAUCAGGUGACUGUAGGAGGACAUUUAACCCCACCCACUACAGAUCGUCGGCCCACUACAGUCACCUGAUGACAACAACACUGCGGGAGGAGUCAGAGGGGGCGGAGAAGCAGGUGUUUGGCUUUGACAUCGUGCUCAGUAAAAUCGUGCAGACAUACAUCAAGAUGAAGAACAACCAGAACCAGGUGUGUUGGCUGUUGGAGAAGGUGGGUCGGGACACCGCCUGUCAAGAGGGCUUCAGAACCUUCCAACAGUUCCUGGACAACCAGCAGUACACACGCAAAGGCAUCCUGCGAUAUGAGAAGAUGUUUGGGGCAGGAUACGUCAGCACCGGCGGACCCAGCACUACCAAAGAGUUUGUGGAGCUGCUGAACUUGAAGCCUGGGAUGAAGGUGCUGGAUGUGGGGUGUGGCAUUGGUGGCGGAAACUUCUACAUGGCAAAGGCCUUCGGCGUGGAGGUGCUGGGCCUGGACCUGUCAGCCAACAUGGUGGAUAUCGCCAUAGAGAGGGCCGUGGAGGAGAACCUUCCAUCGGUCCAUUUCGAGGUGGCUGACGCCACUAAGAGAGAGUUCCCAGAAGGCUCGUUUGAUGUGGUCUACAGUCGAGACACCAUCCUGCACAUCGACGACAAACUGGCGCUGUUCAAACGCUUCCACUCGUGGCUGAAGCCCGGUGGCCAGGUUCUGAUCACUGACUACUGCUGUGGAGAGAAGCCCUGGACUCGUCAGUUCCAGGACUAUGUCAAACAGAGAGGUUACAUUCUCUACACCCCACCACAGUACGGCAAGUUCCUACAGCAGGCAGGUUUCUCUAACGUACGUGCCGAAGACAGGACAGCGCAGUUCACGCAGGUGAUCCAGACAGAGCUGGAGAGAGCAGCGGCCAUGAAAAACGAGUUCAUUAAGGAGUUCUCAGAGGAAGACUUCCUGGCCAUAGUCAACGGCUGGAGCGACAAACUACAACGCUGCAACACUGGGGACCAACGCUGGGGCCUUUUCCACGCAACAAGGAACUGAGAGAGACGGAGAGAGAGAGGAGAGACGGAGAGAGAGAGGAGAGACGGAGAGAGAGAGGAGAGACGGAGAGAGAGAGGAGAGACGGAGAGAGAGAGGAGAGACGGAGAGAGAGAGGAGAGACGGAGAGAGAGAGGAGAGACGGAGAGAGAGAGGAGAGACGGAGAGAGAGAGGAGAGACGGAGAGAGAGAGGAGAGACGGAGAGAGAGAGGAGAGACGGAGAGAGAGAGGAGAGACGGAGAGAGAGAGGAGAGACGGAGAGAAAGAAGAGAGACGGAGAGAGAGAGGAGAGACGGAGAGAGAAGUAUCCCUUCAGGAGGGAGGGUUCAGUGCCUGGUCCCAGCUCUACUGCUAACAGAUCAACUAGAGGAGCUUACUAGACAUCCGUACCCUCUAAUCUGAGAUGACCUUGUGGCACGUACAGAUUGUGAACUAUUUGAUAAAUGGUUGUUAUCCAGGGAGCAGUCUUAACUGGUGUCUUUGGUUUGAAAGGCGAAAAUUAUCUUUUUACCAAACUAACUUUUAUUAGACGUUUUCACUUUGUAUAAAUUUGACCAAACUAUUGUUUUGUUAUCAAAUGUGAAUGUGCAUCAUUUCCUAGUCUGUACUAUCAACAUACCAUAGUUUGAUAAGUUUUACAAAUAAAAUGUUGAAAACA